UAAACGAGAGAAGAGCUCUCAUGAGCAAUAAUUCAUCUCCCGUAAUGAACGGUCCAGAUCAGCCUGACACAAGCGCGCCCGCGCCCAAACCACAGCGCACCAAGAUUGUUAAACUCGAAGACACUGAAAAGAAGAUUUUUCAUAAGAAACUCAAAGAUGUUGAGAUUAGUGUUCCGAUAGUGUAUGGCAAUAUUGCAUUCUGGCUCGGUAAGAAGGCAAGCGAGUACCAAUCACAUAAGUGGACUGUGUAUGUUCGUGGGGCAACCAAUGAGGAUCUGGGAGUGGUGAUAAAGCGUGUUGUUUUCCAGUUGCAUUCCAGUUUCAAUAAUCCCACAAGGGUGGUUGAGUCACCGCCAUUUGAGUUAUCCGAAUGUGGCUGGGGUGAAUUUGAAAUCGCAAUUACACUAUUUUUCCACAGUGAUGUUUGCGAGAAGCCAUUAAACUUGUUUCAUCAUUUGAAGUUGUACCCAGAAGAUGAAUCUGGUCCUAUGUCGACCAAGAAACCCGUGGUCGUGGAAUCCUAUGAUGAGAUUGUGUUCCCUGAGCCUUCAGAGAGUUUUUUAGCUCGCGUCCAGAAUCACCCUGCUAUAGCCUCCCCCAGAUUACCUGCUGGUUUGACUCUGCCUCCUCCUGUGCCAGUUGAAGAUCCAAGUAAAAGAAAGAGAGGUGACACAAAAGAUCAUCCCCUGACCCAGUGGUUCAUGAAUUUUUCAGAAGCUGAUGAGCUUCUACAACUGGCUGCAGCUCGUCAGCAGGAUGGAACUCAUUAGAUGAACUGUGAUCAUACUUACUCCCUAAACAAUGUAUACAAACUUAUAUUAUGGACCAUACUUGCUCUUACAAUCAAACUGUAAGAAAUGGUGUUUAAAGAUCAACAGUGUUGAACGAGGGGGGAACUGAUUAAAUGAACUAAACAAACUCUAAAGUAUUUUGUCUAUACCAAUUUUUAGUUUCCCCAAACAGUGAAUCCCUAAUGGCUCCACCAUGUGGAGGAAUGGGAUCAGUGUAUCUGUCUAUGGUUAAGUCUUAUAAAUUAUUCUUCAAGAAAAUAAAUCUCCCAUCUCCAAACUGGAAAGUUUCUGUAGGACUAAUAAUGUUUGCUUAAAUUCUAAAAUCGGAAAACUUGUCUCUGCGCUUAUAAUUCUCCCAUCUUUCUAUGGCAUUCUGUUGUGUCUUUUCAACUACUGAAAUCCAGAAUAAAAACUGGGUAGAUUUGAAUUCUGAAUCUUGCGACCAACUAAUGCCAUUGAUUCCAUGGUGUAGAGAUAUGAAAUAUUUAAUGUUUUAGCAUAUGUAAAAGUUAGUUGACUUUACAACUUAGAAAUAAGUGUUUAUCACGAUAAAAUUACUCCAUUUCAAUGUAAUGACUAAUGAUGGUGGGUUUAA